AUCACUUCUCUCUCUAUCUCUCUCUCUCUCUCUCUCUCUCAAACACUGUUUCUUUUUAUUUUUAAUUAUUUUUAUUUUUUUUCGAUUUUUCUUAAAUUACGAGUUUCCAGAAGUGACGUUUGGUUUUUCUCAGCUCGCGGUUUCGAUGUGUAUGUAGGAUUGUCAGGAAGAUCAGUGAAGUUUGGAAAUAUUUGUGAAAGGAGAGAUAUAAUUAAUCCUCCUGUUACAUUGAACUUAUAUAUAAUUUGAGGAUAUUUUAAAUACCCCAUAAGCCUGGAUCUGGAGGGCUACCUAGAUUCCAGUCACCAAGGGGGCAUACCUCCUAUGGCACCUUCUCGGGUGGCAGGAGGUUUAGCCCAAUCAUCAUCAAGUUCAGGAAUUUUCUUUCAAGGAGAGGGACAGUCACAUAAUUUAGUUAACUCUCACUUGACCUCGUCUUUAGUUAAUUCAUCAAACACUGUUCCUGGGACCGGUCAUUCGAACCUUGGUCCAGUUUCUGGGGAUAUGAAUAAUGCAGUUUUGAACAGCGUGGCAAACUCAGCACCAAGUGUUGGAGCUAGUUCUUUAGUCACAGAUGCAAAUUCUGCACUCUCCGGUGAACGCCAUAUGCAAAGAAGUGCAAGCAUUAACGGAGAUUCGUAUUUAAGAUUACCUGCCUCACCCUUGUCAUUUACAUCAAAUAAUAUUAGUAUUUCUGGAUCACCUGCAAUGGAUGGCUACUCUGUAGUACAGCAGAAUUCUCAUCAAGAUCAGAAUGCUCAACAAUUGCAGCAGAAUCAACAACAGCUGCAGGGUGCUGCAAGUUCAAUGCCUCUGCCUGCUUCUCAAACUGCAUCUCCGCACCAAACGGGUGCACAAGUAACUGGAUCUUUCAUGCAAGAUCCAAAUAAUAUAUCCCACCUGCUAAAAAAACCUAGGUUGGAUAUCAAACAAGAAGAUAUAAUGCAACAACAGGUAAUACAACAGCUUCUUCAGAGACAAGACCCCACACAAUUCCAAAGUCGUAAUCCACAGUUACAGGCUAUGUUUCAGCAACAGCAUAGGCUGAAGCAACAACAAAUCUUUCAGUCAUUGCCCCAGGCCCAGCGAGUGCAAUUGCUGCAGCAGCAGCAGCAACAACAACAACAGCAACAAAUGCAGAGGCAGCAAAUACAACAACAAAUGAUUCAGCCCUCAGCUAGUGUAAAGCGUCCAUAUGAUGGUGGUGUUGGUGGUGUAUGUGCCCGUCGAUUGAUGCAGUACCUCUAUCAUCAAAGGCAGCGACCAAAUGAUAAUAGUAUUGCAUAUUGGAGAAAAUUUGUAGCUGAAUAUUACUCUCCUCGUGCAAAGCAACGAUGGUGCUUGGCAUUAUAUAGCAAUGUUGGGCACCAUUCACUUGGUCUUUUACCCCAAGCAACUACGCAUGCUUGGCAGUGUGACAUUUGUGGAACUAAAUCUGGAAGAAGGGGAUUUGAGGCAACUUUUGAUAUACUACCCAGACUCAACGUAGUCAAAUUUGGCAGUGGAGUAAUUGACGAACUGUUGUUUUUGGACCUGCCACAUGAAACAAGAUUUCCUUCUGGUUUGAUGAUGUUAGAAUAUACAAAAGCAGUUCAAGAGUGUGUGUACGAGCAGCUUCGAGUUGUUCGUGAGGGUCAACUUCGUAUCGUAUUUACUCAAGACCUGAAGAUAUUUUCUUGGGAUUUCUGUGUAAGGCGCCAUGAAGAACUUCUUCCCCGAAAGUUAGUUGCACCACAGGUCAACCAAUUAGUUCAAGUAGCUCAAAAGUGUCAGAGUACAAUUUCUGAAAGUGGGUCAGAUGGGGUUUCUCAGCAUGAUUUGCAAACAAACAGCAACAUGGUCCUCACAGCUGGGCGUCAGCUUGCAAAGAGUUUGGAGCUACAAUCACUAAAUGACUUAGGCUUUUCAAAAAGAUUUGUGAGAACUUUGCAGAUUUCUGAGGUUUGCAAUAGCAUGAAAGAUCUAAUCGAUAUCUGUUACGAUCACAAAGUUGGACCAACUGAGAGUUUGAAAAAUUAUUCUCGAUAUUCAACUGCGUCAAAGCUCCAAAUGCAAAAGAUGCAAGAGAUGGAACAGCUAGCAAAUGCUCAAGGUCUACCACAUGAUAGAAACACACUUAAUAAGUUAUUGGCAAUGAAUCCCGGAUCGAAUAAUAUAAACAGUAAUCACAAUAUGGGCAAUCGUGGUGCUCUGACUGGGUCAGCACAAGCUGCUUUGGCAAUGGCCAAUUACCAGAAUCUUCUCAUGAGGCAAAACUCCAUGAAUUCAAGCCCUAGCUGCUCACUUCAGCGAGAAGGAUCCCCUUUCAAUAACUCGAACCAGAGUCCCUCAUCAGCUUCUUUGCAAGGUACUGGCGCCGCAUCAAUGCCGGGCUCUAUGCAGAAUUCGCCUCGUAGUGGUGGUUUCUCAAAUGCUCAUCUUCCCUCACAACAACAGCGGCAGCAGCAACAUCUUCAACAACGCUCAUUAAGUGCGAAUAGUUUACCUCAACAAAAUCACUCACAGGGACCUCAAGGAAAUCAAUCACUGCAACAGCAGAUGAUCCAGCAACUACUGCAAGAUAUGUCGAAUAACAACGGGGGAGGGCAACAACAGUCUCAUAGUGGACCCAAUGUAAGUGGAAAUAUGUCAAAGAACGGGCUGGGUUUUGCUGGUCAAACUCCACCCUCAACUGGAGGUGGCUCUGCCAAUGGUCCUGGAAAUAAUGGACCUGUUUCAAGGAGUAAUAGCUUCAAAGCAGCUUCAAACAGUGAUUCUUCUGCAGCAGCAGUUGGAGGCAACAGUGGAUUCAACCAGAGAACAUCUGAUAUGUCACAAAGUCUCCCUUUGCAAGAUGUGGCUCAGGAAUUUGGCCAUGAUUUUGCUGAUAACCCCUUCUUUAACAGUGAUCUAGAUGAUAACAUGGGAUUUAACUGGAAGACAUGACUGACUCAACUUGUCACUGUAAUUGGAAUUUCUUGUUAUAUUGUUUUAUCUUAUUAUUAUCUUUGUACAGAGGAUACUUUAAAAUAGUUUCUGCCUUAUUUUUUUCUUUGUUUUUUUGUGCUCAUUUUCUUGAUGGACUUUGUCAUGACUCUUCUUACUCAAGUAGGUGUUUGAGAUUUUAUUUGAGGGUGUGUUUUUACCUGGCCUGCAAGUGUAAUCUAUUUGAUAAUCUAAAGAACAGUUAUACGGCAUAUUCAUCA